GCUUCCUAACUUUCUUGUUCUCCUUCCCAUGCUUUCUAUCUCCUCGCGUUCAGCCCUUUCUCGAUCACCAACAUUCUUCUCCACUUGGCGCCGUCUGUCUUCAACGCAACCAACAUUUUCUCCCUCUCAUGACACUCUUCCUCCUCAAACCACCCGUCCCCUGGACCUCUCUAUAGGUCAAAUACCCUUCACUUCUAUCUCCGACCUCCGCGUAAACGAUUCGCACCCACCCAUAAACCUUCUUCCGAGAUUCGAUUUGGGGUUACUGCCGUCUCCUUCUGGAUACAUAUAUUACCACACCCCAUCGGGACGUCCAUCCAUCUGCUCUGAGCUGCGUUUUAGGACCAUAGACGAGGAGAAUGGUGAAACUCGGGAUUGGAUAAUGCCCAACAAAAUCCCUUGGUCUCUUCCCCUCUACCGAAUCGUCAAAAACCCUGUCCUCUCACCUCUAAGAGACCUUCUAGUCCAGGACGGGAUCCUCACGUCGACGUUCAUCGAGCAUUGCAAUCGUGUGUUACCAGAAGACUUUGCCACGGUCGCUCCGAAUCGUGUGAUAUAUGGUCUCCGACAAUCUUUUCCCAUACAUGUGUGUCGGAAUAAGACUACGCUGUGGAUUGUUGGGGAGGAGAAGGUUUUAGAUCUAAAUAUUGGGUCAGCGUGGUUAGGGUAUCCUCAUACGAGGCAGAAGAAUCAUAGAGGUACCGCAAUGGCGGAACUUGAUUAUCUCAGCGGCCGGGGAUACAUCCUACGAGUAGUAAAGGAACCACCCCUAGCUUCUCCGCAUAAUCAAAGAAGCAUACAAGUAGGACGAUACAGAGGACUUCAGUGUUAUAGUCUUACGGCUCCGGAUUAUCUUCCUGUUUUAGAGGAAUUGGUCGGGCGGUAGAUGUUCCUUAUAGCUCGAAGAUCAAUGUUGUCACCUAUCAUGAACAGCUAUAGACACUAAUUACGCGCGAAAAUUUCAGACGUUGUACAUUAUAUAUGUUGUUUAGGGACUCGAAUUGCUCGAGAAUCUGGCGUGCGCACGAGCGCUUAUUAAGAAUAUAGGCGCCUAUGCAGUCCG